CCAAUGAUUGACUUUGGUGAUAACUUUGUUUCGUUCUUUUAACUUGGAAGCCUCGUGUGCGGAAUGGCCGAGAAUAUUCUUUAUAAGAUCUGAACCUCCUCCAUGGUCGUCGAGUCUGGAUAUCCUGGUGUUCUUAAGUCCUCUCUCAGCACCUCACAUCCUCGUCUCUCGCUUCAUCUGCCACAAGUCAAUCGCUUCGAGUGAACUGCUUCACGGAGAGAUAUCAGCUUUUCACCAGAUAUAACGCUGCCACAACCUUCAGCUCACAUUCAACACGAGUAUCAAGGCCAUCACGAAAAUGCAGACCAAGCUUGCUCUUGCUGCCGGCCUUGCGGCCAUGGCGACGGGCGUCGCUGCUCAGUCGACGACCACCUCCACCAGCGUGACUGUCACGACAAGCACUUCCGUCACUGACACGACGAGCACUGGGACUGAGCCGACGAGCUCAUCGACUGAAACGUCGAGUGACCUGCCCGGCUCUCUCAGCAGCAGCAGCAGCAGCAGCAGCAGCAGCAGCGAGUCGAUCAGCGUGACUGUCGACACCAGCACCUCGACCUCUACCACCUUCAACACGACCACCUACCCGCCCACCAGCACGUCUAGCUGGUACUACAACAACACGCUGCCCACCGUCAUCACCGACUACAUCAUCAUUGUCUGCCCUUACCCAACCACCAUUACUACCAAUGGCCAGGAGUACACUGCCACCGAGGCCGGCCAGACCAUCACUAUUACUAACUGCCCGUGCGAGGCUACUUCGAACAUCGUGACCCUGCCCACUCCCAUCCCGGACACUAGCAACCCGCCCCCUCCUCCUCCCGCCACGGAGACCUCCCCGGCCAUCCAGCCGACGGAGAACCCCGUCAAUCCUCCUGUCAACCCUCCUGUCAACCCUCCUGUCAACCCGCCCGUCAAUCCUCCUCCCACUAACACUGGCGGCGGCGGCGGCGGUGCGACCGUCACUGCCGGCGGCUCACCGACUGUCAGCGUGACCACCGUCCCCACCAACUCGAUUGUUCCUGGCGCCGCGGCCACUCUUGAGCACGUCAGCUCGCUUGCCAUCGCUGUGCUCAGCGGUGUGCUGUUCUUCGUCUUGUAAGGACGGGGAAUGGCGAGCAAGCGAGCGAGAGAGAGAGAGAGAGAGAGAGAGAG